GUUUUCUGUGGAUCGCUCUGGUGGCUCAGCGACAUUUUUUCCCUAUUCAGGGGCCCGUGGUAAACAGUGGGAAUGUCCAAGGGUGGGGGUGCGGCCCUCCCUGCCCAGCCCAGCGUCCAGCAUAGCAACAGUGGCUUCAAACACUGCAGCCAACACCACCAGCAGUUCUGUACAAACUUCCAGCCUGUCCCGGGGUGCCAGCCCCGCGGGGGGACCCCCUCUGCCUGUCAGGGUGGUCCCCCGAGUGAUUCCACCUGCUCUGCUUUCCAGGGUGUUGGACAUGGGAACCUUCCUCUGCCCCCGCUGCCGCUUGUCGUUCAGAUCCCGACCACUGCUGCAGGUGCACCUGGAGAAGCUGUGCCUCGGGCCCACGGCCCCCAGCAGCUCCUGCCUCCAUGGGGGGAACCCUCUGCCUCUGGAGGGAGCACAGGGCACGGCAAGGAAACCGCAGGACAUCUCGGUCGGGGUGUCCCAAAACACGAAUGACGCUGAGCACUUUGUGCCUGGUGGGGUCCCAGCAGCUGUGCGGGGACAUCGAGGAGCAGGGCGGGUGCGGGGAGCUCCCCUGGGGGACGUGCUCACCCCCCGCGAGAGGGCCCUGCUCGGCACGGCCGACCCCACUGCUGGGAGGCUGCCGGUGGAGGGAGAGCCCCCCCGGCAGCCGCUCCCACCGCAGGGGCUCUGGGAGCCGCCACGGGAGCUGCGGGAAGCCCACGAACGCCGGGUGGCCGAGAUCCGGGCCAGGACCCGGCAGCUGGAGCGGCAGAGAGAGGGGCUGUGCCAGCGCCUGGCAGCGCUGGGGGCCAGGGCACCUGCGGGCCCCCAGCCCGAGCAGGGGGAGCCUGAGCCGAGCCAAGGCCCGCGGGACCAGCCCGGACAGGUGCCAGCAGCACAGCACAGGGCCACCCUCCAGCUGGACAGCCUCCUGCCGCCCGCAGGGCCGCUCGCCGCCGAGGCCAGGGCGCUGCGACUGUCCUACCUGCGCUCCGGGGGACACGACCCCGCCAUCCUGGAGCAGCUUCUCCACCUCCAGCUGGAGGCCACGGUGCUGGAGGAAGGAACUGCGGGGCUGCGCAGGGCCAGGCGGAUGGCUGUGCCAGCAGAGCCCCCCGGCACGGGCACACACGGUCUGGAUGCGGCGCUGCUGGCCGUGGAGCUGGAGAACCGGCGGCUGGAAGAUGAACUGUUGGCACUGAAGGUCAGAAGGGAGAGGAGAGCAGAAGCUGGCUCACGGGCAGCCCAGCGGCACACGGAGGAACUGGCCCAGCUCCAGGCAGAGGUGGGAAUGCUGCGAUGCCAUGCAGAGCAGACAAGGCCAUGGCUGCCCCCCCCUGUCUUCCCACACCUUUUAACACCACAACUGCCACCAGCCUUUGCUGUGCCAGAACUUUUCAUGGAGCCCCUUGGGCCAGCACUGGGGCCUGGCAGACCCACAGCCCAUGUGCCCCCUGGGCUCCCCCUCACCCCCUUUGUGGCCCUGGAGGACCCUCCUCCUCCUCAGGAGCCUCCAGCUCAAGACAGGGCUCCCCAAAGGGAAAGCCUAAACCAGGGCAUGCACAGCUCAACCCUGGGAACCAGCAAAAACCACAGCCAGCUUUCCAAAGUGUCAGAAGCCCUGUGCUACAUGUUUAAUAAAAGGCUUCAGCUCACUCCUCUUCACUUCUUGGCUUUUUUUUAA